UCCACGUGGGUUUGGUUAAGGUGACUGUUCUGUUGAUAAGACACAAAUGACAAAAUGAUGUCACUGGUACUAAUUUCGUUGGCGUUUAUAGUCGGUGUCCAGUCAACAACGACUACUACAACAACAACCGUAAACCCACUGGCGAAUAAAACAGUCUGUUACGAUCAUGUUGGCUGUUUCAAUAACCUCCCUCCGUUUGAUAACGCUGCCUUUGAUUUGCCACUAUCACCAAACCAGAUAGGGACACAGUUUCUACUGUUUACUCGAAGAAAUAGAAACAAUGCAGAUAUACUGGACUAUGUAUCUCAUGCCACUGUGCACAAUUCUCAUUUCUCGAGCACCCAGAAGACAAAGUUCAUAGUCCAUGGAUUUGCCAAUUCAGUUAAAACUGCAUGGUUAUAUGCUAUGAAAGAUGCUUUUCUUACAAAGGGGGAUUUCAAUGUCAUCAUUGUAGCAUGGGGUAAAGGAGCUGUCCCACCACAUUAUAACCAGGCUGUUUCCAAUACCAGAAUGGUGGGAACUCAAACUAGACUCGUCAUUGAGAAACUGGUUCAAGCAGGAAGCAAUUUAGAUGAUAUCCACAUCAUAGGCCACAGCUUAGGGGCUCAUACUGCGGGCUCAGCCGGAAGGCAACUGCACGGCAAAGUUGGCAGAAUUACUGGGCUUGAUCCAGCUGAGCCAGAUUUUGAAAACCAUCCAGCUGGUGUACGGAUAGAUCCAACUGAUGCAAAGUUUGUCGACAUCAUUCACACAAAUGGUGCACCCAUAAGAAGAGGCGGAGCUGGGUUAAUGCAGGUGUCAGGGCAUGUGGAUUUCUACGUAAACGGGGGAAAAUCCCAACCAGGAUGUCCAAACUUGGUAGCAGGGGCCUUUCAACAACUUUUUAAUCACAACGUCUCUGGCGCUGUAGUGGCUGCAUCUUGCAGUCAUGGACGUGCCCACGAAUAUUUCACGGAAUCCAUAUUAGCAAGCUGUCCCUUUACGGCAUAUCCAUGUGACAGCUACGAAAGGUUUAUUGCCGGUGGAUGUAAAACGUGUGGUUCCAGUGGAUGCUCGCAGCUUGGUCUAAACGCAGAGAAAAAUUCAGGGCGCGGGAAAAUGUAUCUCAACACUCAAAUCAAAACCACCGCACCAUUCUGUGGCUACCAUUAUCUUAUUAAAACGGUCUAUGGAACAGAGGAUUCCAUUGGUCAAAUAAUGGUCACAGUGCAUAAUGCUGAUGGUCAUAUACAACAAAUUGCCAUUACAAAUCCUGGAGCACACUUGAGAGCUGGAAUGCCUCACACUCAGGUUGUUGUUCUGGCAAGUAGAUUCACACACAUAACAUCCAUAGAUGUACUCUAUCAGAAGAAAGACGGCUUCCUGUUCGGAAGGGGAGGAAAGAACCAAAUAACGUUAACGUCAGUGUCUGUCGAGGAAAUUCAGACCAGUAAUAGGUACACUUUCUGUAUGAGAGGAAUCAACCUACCAGACGGAGUAGCUGUCAAAACCAUGCACAUAUCCUCUACCACAACGUGUGCGUUCUUUAUCUCCGCAAGACAGCCUUUAAGCAUGGACACGUGGUGGAUAAUCCUCACAGGGUUGUGUUUCAAGAUUUGCGCGGGAGAUGCCACCCUCAACAAAAGCACAACCCAUGGUCACGUAACAACCACACCAACAUCUUUAAAUUUAACAACCCACAAGCCAAACCCGUAUGCAAAUAAGACUGAAUGUUUUCCAUAUGUUGGUUGUUUCGAUAAUUUCCCUCCAUUCGAUAACACUGAUUUAGAUUUGCCUCGGUCUCCUCAACAAAUCGGUACUGAAUUUUUACUCUUCACAAGAAGAAACUGGAAUACCUCCCAACAUCUGAAUUAUACAUCACUGUCCUCCGUAACAAACUCAUUUUACAAAGGCAUCCUCAAAACCAAAAUUAUAAUUCAUGGAUUCACCAAUUCCAUCAAGACAAAAUGGCUGUACGAUAUGAAAGAUGCUCUUCUCAAGAAGGGGGACUUUAAUGUUAUUAUCGUGGCAUGGGGUAGAGGAGCCACUGCACCUAACUAUAACCAGGCUGCGUCUAAUACCCGAAUGGUGGGGACCCAGCUUCGCCUGAUCAUUGACAUGUUGGUAAGAGCAGGUGCCAAGGUGAGCGAUAUGCAUCUGAUUGGUCACAGUCUUGGCGCCCAUACAGCAGGCUACACAGGACGACUUCUGCAUGGCAGAUUAGGAAGGAUAACGGGUAUGGAUCCUGCAGAACCCGACUUCGAACAUCUCUCUGUUGGCAUUCGAUUGGAUCCUGACGAUGCUAAUUUUGUUGAUGUCAUACAUACAAAUGGUGCACCAUUUUCUAAGCUUGGUUACGGUCUUAUGCAAGUUUCCGGUCACGUGGAUUUCUACGUCAAUGGAGGUGAAAAGCAAACUGGGUGUCCAAAUCAAAUAGGUGGACUAUUCAACACCAUCUUUACCUUUAAUACUUCAGUCAUUGGAGAGGCUAUUGCUUGUAGUCAUGGUCGUUCUCAUGUGUAUUUCACUGAGUCCAUAUUGACGGAUUGUCCGUUUACAGCUUACCCUUGUGACAAUUACGAAAAUUUUACUCAUGGUGAGUGCAUGACGUGCGGAACCAGAGGCUGCUCGGAGUUGGGAUAUUAUGCGGAUCAGUACUCGGCGAGGGGCAAAAUGUACCUCAUGACUGUAGAUAGAAAUCAGGGGCCAUUCUGUGGUUUUCACUAUGUGAUUAAAUUUGAUCUUGGAAGAACCGACACUUAUGGCACUCUUUUUAUCACACUUCACGGGGAUUUUGGUAACAGCCAUUCCAUCGCCUUUACUGAGAAAGAUAGCCAUCUUAAAACAAACGGUGUACUUACAAAAGUCGUCGCCGUGCCCACAGAGGUUGGAGAGGUAACGUCUGUGGACUUACUUUACAAGAAGAAGGGAGGCUGGUUGUUUAGCUUUGGAGGUGGUGCUGCUCAAAUCGAAGUUGUGUCCAUUUCUGUUAUGUCAGGAGAACUGGGCACCAGUUCUUCCUUUUGCGUGCGUAAAUCGAUACAAGACGGACACUCUGUCAGAAUCCCAAAACAAGUCGUCCCCGUAUGCUAAGGUUCAAGUGGUCCUCGCAUCUCUCCAGUACCCAGUCUAAGGAAUGUACAACGUCACGGAAAAUAAAAAU